CUGUCAAGUACAUUUCCUCUGCAUCGGAAUGGCAAAGGGAGAACGUGCUCCAAGUAGUGCGACUGUCAGUGUCGAAUAGUUCGUGUUAAUGUCUGGUGUUAUUAUUGCAUAGGAACAAAUGCAGGAGUUGCUUACCUGGGCGUGUAUAUGUGGUUAGAGGGAAAUCAACGCUCCCGCUCAAACCGGUAAUUUGAUACAUGUUUUAAAAACAUUUGAGCUUUGAUGUUUGAGUUAGCAUGUUCCAGUGUUUCUCCUCGAAAUAGUCAUUCGUCUCUUGGUGUACAAUGUAGCGUCAUUUGUGUAUUAGCCUACCUGCAUGAAUGUAACAUGAUAUUUAGUUCGAUAUGACUAAUGUGACUGAAAGUAAAAGCGUAGAAUGGCUUCAACUCGAGUUGGAAUCCGGGGGAAGUUCGCUGCUUUUGUUGGACUGCCGAUCGCACGAGCUUUACGAAUCAUCCCACAUAGAAACGGCGAUCAAUUUGGCAAUUCCAGCAUUGAUGCUGCGAAGGUUUAAGAAGGGCAACAUACCCAUCCGAACUAUCAUACCGAACCACGAAGACAAGGAGAAAUUCGUUAGACGUUGCAAUACAGAUACAGUGAUUCUGUACGAUGAGUGCACUGUGGACUGGCAGGAUGGGGCCACUGGCUCGGUUCUGGGACUACUUCUUCAGAAACUAUGGGACGACGGAUGUAAAGCAUAUUACCUGGAAGGGGGAUUUGGGAAGUUUCAGACCGAGUACCCAGAGCACUGUGAAACCCUCCUGGACAGCUCCUGUCCCAGCUCCUCUCCCCCUCUCUCUGUCCUAGGCUUCGGAAGUCUCCGGAUCAGUUCCGACCUCUCAGAUGGUGAAUCGGACCGUGAGCCGAGCAGCGCCACAGAGUCUGAGGAGAGCCCCCUUCCCAACAUCCAACCUGCCUUCCCAGUCCAGAUCCUCCCCUUCCUUUACCUGGGCUGUGCCAAAGACUCCACCAACCUGGACGUGCUGGGCCAGUACAACAUCAAGUACAUCCUGAACGUCACGCCCAAUCUCCCCAACAUGUUUGAACAUGACGGCCUCUUCACGUACAAGCAGAUCCCCAUCUCGGACCACUGGAGUCAGAACUUGUCCCAGUUCUUUCCAGAGGCCAUAUCCUUCAUCGAUGAGGCUCGGUCCAAGCAGUGUGGCGUCCUGGUACACUGUCUGGCUGGUAUCAGCCGCUCUGUGACCGUGACCGUGGCCUACUUGAUGCAGAGGCUCAGCCUGUCCCUCAAUGACGCCUAUGACUUUGUCAAGAGGAAGAAGUCCAACAUCUCCCCCAACUUCAACUUCAUGGGCCAACUGCUGGACUUCGAGAGGACACUGGGGCUGCACAGCCUGUGUGACAACCACUCCUCCUCCAAUGAGCAGCUCUACUUCACCACGCCGACCAAUCACAACAUGUUCCAGUUGGACACUCUGGAGUCGACGUGAGGAGACGGAGAAGGCAGGGUUUAGCGGCCAUGUUGCUUCAUCAGUCUCUACAUGGUAUUUUGUAGCCUGUCAGGAAAAGGAAAAUAGUCCUGGAACUGCAGCUGGUAGUGAGAGACUGAGGAGGCUCACCUAUCGUGCAAGUGAUUUAAGUAUGGAUUUUUAUAGCCCACGGUGCUCCCCAGUAUGCUUUAAAAAAGUACAUACUUUGUUUGGUCCACGCUCUGAUGCCUUAUCGUCUAUAAUAGUGAAUAAUGGUAUGGUUAUUGCAGGAAAUGUCAUUAUUAUGAGCUAACUCUGAGAUGGUUUAACUGUUAUUUCAUAUUCUCGAGCUGUAAUGUGGAUGUGUCAGUUGUUUUCCUAACAAAUGUGGCUAAUGCGUUGGUCUGAAGGAAGAGGUUGGCCAUGGAGAAUGUGAAUCAAUGUUUUCUGGGACCAAACAGAUUCUUUUGAAUGCUACUUUUGCUGAGGAGAUGGGGCUACUUUAAGUUGGCCUUGAAUGACUGUAAUGUUCCUUUUGAUGACUGUAACGUUCCUUUUGAUGGCUGUAACGUUCCUGUUGAUGACUGUAACGUUCCUUUUGAUGACUGUAACGUUCCUUUUGAUGACUGUAACGUUCCUUUUGAUGACUGUAACGUUCCUGUUGAUGACUGUAACGUUCCUGUUGAUGACUGUAACGUUCCUGUUGAUGACUGUAACGUUCCUGUUGAUGACUGUAACGUUCCUGUUGAUGGCUGUAACGUUCCUGUUGAUGGCUGUAACG